CCAUCCUUCCCUACCAACCAGGCAAACCAUCUACCUUCUUCUUCUUCUUCUUCCUCACGACGCCACCCACACAGAGACGAAGAAGGAGAGAGCCAAGAUGUCGUCGGUGUUCAGCGGAGAUGAGACGGCGCCCUUCUUCGGCUUCCUCGGCGCCGCCGCCGCCCUCGUCUUCUCAUGCAUGGGCGCGGCCUACGGGACGGCCAAGAGCGGCGUGGGGGUGGCGUCCAUGGGCGUCAUGCGCCCGGAGCUCGUCAUGAAGUCCAUCGUGCCCGUCGUCAUGGCGGGGGUGCUCGGGAUCUACGGCCUCAUCAUCGCCGUCAUCAUCUCCACCGGGAUCAACCCCAAGGCCAAGCCAUACUUCCUCUUCGACGGCUACGCGCACCUCUCCUCCGGCCUCGCCUGCGGCCUCGCGGGGCUCGCCGCCGGCAUGGCCAUCGGCAUCGUCGGUGACGCGGGUGUCAGGGCGAACGCUCAACAACCCAAGCUGUUUGUGGGCAUGAUCCUCAUCCUCAUUUUCGCUGAAGCGCUCGCCCUUUACGGACUCAUUGUUGGAAUCAUCCUCUCAUCCCGCGCUGGCCAGUCCCGCGCAGAUUAAGCUCUAUCACUCCACGAUUGCCGUGCUGGCUACAUUCUUGAGAAAAGCUGAAACUUUAUGAAGUUCUAAUUUUGAUGUAUUAUUAAGGAGAGAUUUGUAGAUUAAGGAAGGUGGCACUUCCAGUACCGUUUCAUUCUUUUUUGGUCGUGGUGGGCGUUUGCUGUUCAUGCAGGGGAUUUUGGGGGUAGGCUGGAUUGCUGCUCCUGGGGAAAUGGGUUUUAAUCCUAUUGGUGGUGAAUAAAAACACGGCAUUGUAGCUAAAUAAUAAAUUUAUAUUAUAUUCUGUUCA